AUGACGACUGAUAAAUCUCAAAGAGAUUGGUGGCACCAUUCAGUUGUUUAUCAAAUAUAUCCGCGUUCAUUUUUCGACUCGAAUGAUGAUGGUAUUGGUGAUAUCAAUGGUAUAAUAAAGAAACUUGAUUAUCUUAAAAGAUUAGGCAUCGAUAUUGUUUGGUUGAGUCCAGUUUAUGAUUCUCCAAAUCAUGAUAAUGGUUAUGAUAUUCGUGAUUAUACAAAAAUCAUGACUGAAUUCGGUACCAUGGAGGAUUUUGAUCUUCUAUUAAGAGAAAUGAAAAAACGUGAAUUAAAAUUAGUUAUGGAUCUUGUUGUCAAUCAUACUAGUGAUGAACAUCCGUGGUUCAUCGAAUCGAAAAAAGGCAAAGACAAUCCCUAUAGACAUUUUUAUCAUUGGCAACCUAGUAAAGAUGGACAUCCACCAAAUAAAUGGGGUGCUUGUUUUGGAGGUUUAUGUUGGACAUAUGAUGGUCUCACCUGUGAAUAUUACUUGCAUACAUUUACAGAAAAGCAACCCGAUUUGAAUUGGACGAAUCCUCUAGUACGCGAAGAAAUUUAUAAAAUGAUGCGUUGGUGGCUUGACAAAGGUGUUGAUGGAUUUCGCAUGGAUGUAAUUAAUUUUAUUUCUAAAACAGAUAGUUAUCCUGAAGGUGCACCUAUUGGUGAUGGUUAUCAUACAAACGGUUCGCCAUACUUUAUAAAUGGACCACAUGUACAUGAAUACAUUCAAGAAAUGAAUGAAAAAGUCUUAAGACAUUAUAAUAUCGUAACUGUUGGGGAAUGUCCAGGUGCUCAUUUGAGAGAAGCAGAAUUAUUUACUUCUCCGGAUCGAAAUGAAUUAGAUAUGAUAUUUACAUUUGAACAUAUGAAUUUAGAUGGUAGUAAAUGGGCACCAAAAUUACUUGAUUUAAGACUUUUGAAGGAUCAUUUUACAGUAUGGCAACAGCAAUUAUAUGGAAGAGGAUGGAAUAGUUUAUAUUGGAAUAAUCAUGAUCAGCCAAGAAUUGUUUCACGAUGGGGAAAUGAUUCUGCACAAUAUCGAGUUCUAUCUGCAAAAAUGUUAGCAACAUGUUUACAUUUUCUUCGCGGAACACCUUAUAUUUAUCAGGGAGAGGAAAUAGGUAUGACCAAUGUUCGCUUUCCAACAUUAACCGACUAUCGUGAUAUAGAAACAAUAAAUUUUCAUCGGGAUGCACUUGAAUCAGGUCUCACGUUAGAAAAAAUAAUGGCAGGUAUAUAUGCAAAAUCACGUGAUAAUGCUCGUACCCCAAUGCAAUGGUCCGGAAAUUUACCUCAUGGUGGUUUUACUAAUGGUCAAACUGAUAUAACACCAUGGAUAAAAAUCAAUCCAAAUUAUACAGAUAUUAAUGUUGAACAGGCAUUAAAUGAUCCACAAUCAACAUUUUAUUAUUAUCAAAAACUUAUUGAAUUACGUCGACAAAUGACAAUUAUUGUUCAUGGAAAAUAUGAUAUAUUUCAUAAAGAUAAUCAACAUAUAUUUAUAUAUAAACGUUAUAAUGAUGAAGGUCAUGAAUUAAUUAUUGCAUGUAAUUUUAGUAUGGAACCAACUAAAAUUGCUGAUAGUCAACUUUCGGAAAGAUUAAAGAAUCAUAAACGAUUAGUAAUUAGUAAUUACGAACAAGAUAAUAAAUCCGAUUGGCUUGAUUUUCGUCCUUAUGAAGCUUGGGCACUUGAAAUUUCAUAA